UCUUCACUGUUGGUAAUUAUUUUAUUAGCUAUAUUCAGGUUGUCUCUCAGCUGGGCGCCAGCUGAUAGAAAAUUGAGCGAGAAAAGUCAAUAAAGGUGCGCUAUUUCGGUAUUGAUAACGUGGCGAUACAGUGACAUAUUUAUGGAUUGGGUGAACUGCAGGUGAAUUUGGAGUGAUUAUAGGCCAUAAUAACAUAAUGGCAGUGCAAAAUAUAGCAGUAAAGUUAUGCGGCAUACUACAAGCGCAGGGCCAAGAAGAGGUAACAGCUCGCGAAUGGCGUCUUCUAGGACAGGAACAAGAUGGGUCACAGCUUCUGAGCUGGGUGUCAGAGACUGACAGCAAGGAGGUCCUAAACAUAGGAGUUUAUAUGAAUAAAAAUAAGUCCUUGAUUACUCUCCAUACGUUUGACGAAAAACUGAAUAUAAUACAAGCUUCAGUGAAUGCUACUCAUACUUUGAUGGUUUAUGUUGUUAAGAAGCUUCCGACUGAAGAAAGUACAGUAAAAGAGUCAUUAUAUUGUCCCUAUUUAAUUUGUCUGCUACCUGACAAUGACAGGACUCCUGCUGCAGUUGAAGAGCCCUCUACUAAACAGAUUAUGGUCCAAUAUGUGUAUGGAAAAAGUACUAAAUACAGCCCAGGAAUCAGGAAUGACCGAUUCCUACUAUUUAAACAUUUGGAGUGUAUCAAAAUAUACCGCACCCCAAUGUUUCUGAAUGAGUGUGAUGAUGGCACUGACAAGUGGGGUUUUGAUGGUAUCUACCCAGAACCAGAAAAAAUUGUUAAAGUAUUCUCAUGGGUACAGUGGGAUUGUGUAAAUCAGGUUUUAUAUUACAUUCACUACCGUCAACCGACGCAGAGUUUUGCUGAAGGCGAGGAGGUGAAAUCGCCGACGGAAAUGACUCCAACGCUGUCCGCUUUUCAGUUUCACGCCGACCUUCCCCACGAAACUGUUCUGAAUAUUCCCCUGAGCCUGCCUCACGUGUCGAGCUCUGGCGAGGGCGCGGCGUGCGGCGCCUACGAGGACGACCCCAUCCCGCUGCGCGUGCACGACUGCAGCCUCGACCUGCAGAUCGUGUGCGACCAGCGCGGAGUGCUCUGUAUAUGCCAUCAUUAUUUGUACAAACCUCUAGAUGAUUCCACCACAUCCUUGGUGAUGGAGGACAGCGCCGACCUGAAGGACUCGGGCGUGAACUUCGCGUACUCCAUAACGCUGCUGCAGCACGGGUGUGUCGUCCACAGCGUGGUACCGGACCUGCCCUGGUCUUUGGCUAAGUCACUGCGGCCUUCGUACACUCUCUACGCGGACAAUCACCUUCUAGUAAACAUUCCGAUGCUUUACACCCAGCUGAUAGACAUCAGCUUAUACCACGAGCCGUGUUGCCACAUCGUGAUACCGAUGGACGAGUCGGAGAGUGGCCCCAGUCUAGCUCCCAUACUGGGGUGGGGGGCCCACGCUAUGGUAGACCUGAAUACUCUGGACGUCGUGACUAUGAAUGUAGCUGACAAGGACCUGACGGCCACCUUCAAAAGUAAUACCGCCGUCGAAAAUAAAUUGGCUAUACUGCAUUACUUGAUACAGCAUGAUGGGAAUAUGGAUUUGGCUGAGGAGCUGAUAUCGUGGAUGUGCCUGAACCAGCGCGACGGGUUCGGCUCGUUCCAGCGCGUGAUGCAGGAGUACCUCAUCAGUACGACGUACGCGGUCACGCGCCGGUCGCUGCCCUCGUCCGCGCUCAACCUCAUGAAGAUGCUGCCGUUUACACAGCAUCUGAAGUUUGCUGAUGUUAAGGUCCGCGACAUGUGCGUGUCAGUAAGCCAGGAGAAGCUGUGGAACAGUUCGGUAGUAGUCCUGGCCCCGCGACAACGCGUGUGCCAGUUCGCGGAGGACGUGUGGACGCGCCUGUGGGCCGCGCUCAACGACGCGCCGCAGCCGCGACUGCAGCCGCAGGCCGUCAUCGACAAGCUGCGCGUCAGCCUGCACUGCUACCAGCCGGAGGCCCUGUCCCGCUGCAGCACGCCGCUGUCCCCGGGCGGCGCGGCCCCCAGCGUGUCCGCGCCGCCGCGCCGCUCCUCCAUCGGCGCGCACCAGGACCUGCUGCCCUUCUUCGAGCUCGACGUCUGCACCGCCAGCAAGCAGGAACAUAUCAUCGCCGCGAAUCUCCGCGAGGUGAGCGUGCACCUGAUGCGCGAGGGCGGGGGCGGGGGCGGGGGCGCGGGCGCGGGGGGCGCGGGGCUGGAGAGCGGCGUGCACGCGGUGAGCACGCGCUGGGCGGCCGCGCAGCUGGAGGCGGCGCGCGCGCUGUGCCGCGCCCUCACGCGCGCGCUGGCCGCCUCGCCGCAGCACAACCAGCAGCGCGGCUUCACCUUCAUCGAUGAAAUGGACCCUACGCACGCGUACAUAGUGUUUAAAGUUCUGGAGCAGUAUUACUUGGCGACGGACUCCAUCGCGUUCCCGCUGCCGCAGGGGUUCAGCUCGUUCUUCACUUACCUCGGGUACCGCACGCUGCCGUUCCACUCGUUCGUACAGUACGUACACCGGAACGUGUUCGAGUUGCAGAUCGAUGUUAUGAAAGCUAUUAUUGCAUACAAAGACGACGACAACAAGAGCACGGUGAACAACAAGCUGCGGCUGAUCCAGCUGGUGGGCGAGGGCCGCGCGCGGCGCGUGCUGGCGGGCUGGGGGCAGCGCGCCGCGCUCGUGCUGCGCGCGCGGGACCACGCGCACGCGCUGCUGUCCGGCCGCGCCGCGCGCCGCCCGCGCCAGGACAGGCCCAACACCGCCUCGCUCACCGACACCGCGGGCAUAUCAGCGCUACCAUCAGGUGAACGGCUCUCUCCACUGGACACUUUCCUCGACUUGCUCACGGCGAAGGCGAGUCUCAACGAGUUGGACUUCAACCUCAUAAUAGAGGCAACAUUAGCGUCGGUACAACAGGAUGCCGCAACUUAGUAAACAUUUUUAGACAAGUAAAUACUUUUUAGUCGAGUUUUAGUCAAGUAACUGCCAAAGACAAUUUAGUAAGUUAAUAGUCUGUGUACUUUAGCGGCUUUUUUUAAAUCGAUCCUAAUGUUUUUCUUAAACUAAGUUAAUAUAAAAUUAAUGUUAUAAUUAUAUGAAAGGCUUUUCUGUAGCUGUACUUACCAAUUAUGAUCAAUUUUAGUAAUGUUUUAAAUAGAUUGAAAAACGCGGCAUUUACCAAAGAAAUGGUAAAACCUUAAAU